AUGAUGCGCCACCAGGGCGCUGAUAGCAUCUCUAAACCUACAGCUGCUGUUAUGACUAACACAAAUAGCACUAUAAUAUACCAAAAAAACGGUAAAUCCCGUUGUGGCUGGAAGUUUCAUAUUGAUCAUUACCAGCGAUCGUCAGACUAUGCCUCGGCUUUAUUACUGGUUUGUGCUACCCAAGUCUAUUUUAUUAUCGCUGGUGAGAUAUUAAAGGCCCCCUUUGUGAUCGCUGUAAAGUGGCUUGGUAGCUAUGGUACAACUUGUAUUGAUAUCGGCCGAGUGUGA